AGUUGGUCCCUCCCCAUAAUUUGGCCCUAAUCUUAAGCAUCACUCAUCUACUUUACCAAUUAACAGUUUUAUUACACACCUACUUUAAAACUAGUACCAUGUCUUUUCUUCAACUCCCACAUAAUUCAUCUCCAACCCAAGAUUUAAAACACUUGCACAUGUUUCCUACCCACAUUUCAGAACAUGGGUUUGUAAUUUCAUCUCACAUUCUCUCAUAAACACACACAUAUAUACACACCCUUUUCAUAUCUUCCUCAAAUUUUGCUCCUUUUGUGGUUUCUACUUAAAUUUUGAUAGUAAAAUGAGGGAUUCUCUGUCCUGUUUUGGUGAGAAUGGAGUUCAAGUUGCUGAUACAUCUUGUUCAAGCUCAACUGUGAGUAAAGCUUCACAGAAUUUGGUUUCUUGCACAUAUCAGUGUAAAUUAGUUGGUAAAUCUUGUUUUAUUACUGUUUCUUGGAGUAAGAAUUUGAUGGGUCAUUGCCUAAGUGUUGAGAUUGAUGAUUUGUCACUUAAAUGUUUGUGUAAAGUUGAUGUUAAGCCCACUUUGUUCUUUAAAAGAAAGGGUCUUAAGUGUAUAGAUGUGAAUUCUUUGAAAAUUUACAUUUAUUGGGACCUUUCUGUGGCAAAAUUUGGGCAGGGGCCUGAGCCCCUUGAGGGGUUUUAUGUGGGAGUUGUGUGUAAGGGUGAGAUGGUUUUGGUAGUUGGGGAUCUUAAGAAAGAAGCUUUGAAGAAGAGUGGUGCAAUUCCUUCUUUGUUUAAUUCGAUGUUUGUUUCGAAGAAAGAACAUUUAUUUGGGAAAAAGGUGUAUGGGAGCAAAGCUCAGUUUAGUGAUAAUGGACAGAUUCAUAACCUUACGAUUGAGUGCGAUGAAUAUGGGGUUGAUGAUCCUUGUCUUAUUGUUCGUUUGGAUAGUAAGCCGGUGAUGAAGGUGAGGCACCUGAGGUGGAAGUUUCGCGGUAAUCAGACUAUAUUGGUUGAUGGGCUUCCUGUGGAAAUCUUUUGGGAUGUUCAUAAUUGGCUAUUCGGUACAACUUUGGGGAAUGCAGUUUUCAUGUUCCAAACUUGUCUGUCAGCAGAGAAAUUGUGGACUGGUGAGACCUUCUUAGAUACCUCAGAACGACAAUGGUCUUGUUCACAGAGUUUUAAGGAGUCUAAAGUGCCUGGUCUUGGUUUUUGUUUGACGUUGUAUGCUUGGAAGAAUGAUUAGCGGUGAAUCAUUCUAUGAAUCUCUUGCAACUUUCAGUCAGAAGAUUUAGCUAUACUCGAUCAAUGUCCAAGAUGAUAUAUUGCUGGGAUCAGAAGGUUUAAUGUCUGUGUGAUUAUUUGGUUUUUAAUCAGUUUAUUAGAAUGUCAAAACAUUAGUCAGUAAUUCUUACUUAAUUUAUAAUUUGUUUAUUUUCUUUGCUAA